UUUGGCAGGUGGAUAGUUAUCAAAAUACUGCGCAACAAUGCUUAGUUUGAUGAUUUGUGCUGUUACGCCUGUACUAUAUCCCUCCGCUGUUUUUUGUCCCCUUUCAGACUGUUUUGGUCUUUUCGCUGUUAGCAACGGAAAGAGCCCGAGAUAGCUACAAACCCAAUUUAAGAUAAGAUAUAGUUUUUGUUAGCAUUACAUAACAGAUUGACAAGAGGUGUAAAACCCAUGUUUAUUUUGAAAGAGUGAUUGGCGCUUGUUGUCUUUUUUUAAAUAUAUUUUUUUCUGUUUUAAUAGGAAUUGUACAGAUUGCUAAUUUAGCUAGCAACUAUUAGCCAGCUAGCCUCUUAGCAUAGCAUCUUCCUCAAGAGGCACGUUGACAUUAGCUUGCUAGCAAGUCAGAUCUUAAGAUCGCUACGUUAGCGAGCUGUCACACAACCACAGACUGUCUUAUUGUCAAGUAAUUGCGGCGUGGAGCUGGUUGUUUAAGACACUUUCUUUUAUGGGAUCACCAUGUCAAUGAAGGCCGGUGGAAAUCGCAGCAAGCCCGGCGGUGGCAACACCGCUGGUGCAGCCGCCUCCGGUGCCGGAGGAAGCGGCGGGGGAAGACAGAAUCUGGGCAGGGGGAGACACAGUGGCAAAGGUCCCUCAGCAGUCAUUUUCAAUGGUGUAUAUGCAAAUAUGAGGAUGGUCCAUGUCUUGACCUCAGUGGUGGGGACCAAGUGUGAGCUGAAAGUGAAAAACGGAGCAGUCUAUGAAGGAGUGUUUAAGACAUAUGGUCCAGAGUGUGACCUAGUACUGGAUGCAGCCCACAGAAAGAGCCCUGAGCCAAGCAUAGGCCCUAGGAAAGAGGAUAUUGUGGAGAGCAUCAUUUUCAAGGCCUCGGAUGUCGUAGUGGUGACCUUCAAAGAUGUGGACUUGAAUUUUGCCAGGAAAGUCUCUUCUGACACAGACAACUUCACAGAUUCAGCAGUGAGUGGCCGGAUCAAUGGUGAGCAUAAAGAGAAAGAUCUGGAGCCAUGGGAUGGAGGAGAGACCCACAACUCAGACAGCCUUGAGUCUCUGGAUACAGAUGUGUCAAACGGGUGGGAUCCCAAUGACAUGUUCAAGUACAAUGAGGAGAAGUACGGAGUCUUGUCUACAUACGACAGCAGCCUGUCUACAUAUACGGUGCCCCUGGAGCGGGACAACUCGGAAGAGUUCCUCAAGAGGGAAGCACGGGCUGCGCAACUAGCAGAGGAGAUUGAGGCCAGUGCCACAUACAAGGCCCGGGUGGCGCUGGAAAAUGACGACCGAUCUGAGGAGGAGAAAUACACCGCUGUGGUACGAGGGGACAGGGAGAGUCACACACUAAGCAGAGAGAAUAAGUACAUUCCCCCUGGUCAGAGAAACAGAGAGGCCAUGUCAUGGGGACCGGGUCGCCAAAAUUCUCCCCGUCUGGCUCAGAGUUCAGGUGGACCCUCAACUCCUCGACCAGGAUCUCAUGACUACAGCCCCAGCUCUGGGGCCGACCAGAGGGUCGUAAAUGGAGGUUCAUCCCAUUGGCCCUCACCCUGUCCGUCUCCUUCCUCCCGCCCCCCCUCUCGUUACCAGUCUGGCCCCUCCUCCUUACCUCCUCGGGCGAGCACGCCUACCAGGCCGCCCUCCAGACCUCCCUCCCGACCUUCCAGGCCUUCCUCUCAUUCAUCCCACCCUUCUUAUCCCUCCUCCUCAUCUUCCUUUCCCCACCAUGGGCCUACGUCGCCAGCCUCCACUCUGCCCAAACGCAUGUCUUCAGAAGGGCCACCUAGGAUGUCUCCAAAAUCCCAGCGGACACCUCGUGCUCAUAGAGUGCCACCCUGCCGGACUGCUGGAGUCCCGCCAGGUGUGGACCUGAUUUCCCAUAAUGCUCCUGGAGAGGUCCCUGUUCCUCCACCAACCAGAAGCAGCUCAUCUGGAGGGACCUGGUCUUCAGUGGUCAGCGGAGCUCACAGGCCCCGCUCACCUCGACAGAACAGCAUGGGUGGCGCCUCCCCUGGCUCCUCCUCACUCCCAUCCCCUCAGACAGGAACAGCUCCUGCAGAAACCGCUGGUACACCAUCAUCAGCUUCCUCCCCAACUGCUGCUAGCCCCGCCCCUAACGUGGUUGCCUCUCCUUCAGGAGAUGCAAAAGAGUGUCGUGUCCAGGAGACAAGACAAACAUCCCCUACAGCCAACAAGGAGAACAUCAAACCCUUGGAUAGCUCACCUAGUAUUACCAGACCAGUCUGUAAAGGACCUCCUUCUAUGGCACCAGACCACAGAAAACAAAUAGAUAAUUUAAAGAAAUUUAGUGUAGAUUUUAGGUUGCAGUCUAGUUCAAACUCAGAUCCUGCUUUUGACCAGAUGAUGACCAAGCCCCCCAGAGACUCAACAGACAAGCCUAAAGACCUCCCCUUGGACAAAGCCUCAUCAAUGGGACGGGAAGGCACAGAGGAGGGUGUGGUAGUGAUUUCUUCCAGUACUCCCGGAGGUGCCUCUGCUCCAUCCGCCAACACAAACACCAGUAAGCCUGGCAGCCCUGCUGCACUGUCCCCAUCUCCCUCAGCCCCUGACCUGAAGAGGGCGGGGCUCGAUGUGACAUCACAGGGAGUUCAGACAACAGCUACAUCCACAUUCAGUGGACCCAAACAUGAAGAAAAAGAGGAGAAAAAAGAGGCCGUGCAAGAUCAAGUGAGAAAAUCAACCCUGAACCCAAAUGCCAAUGAGUUCAAACCCAGGUUUAAUACACAGCCCAAACCAGCCAAUACCCCCACACCCCCUCGGCCCCAGGGUCAGCCCAGCCCUUCCAUCGUGGUCCAGCAGCCCCCAGCUGUGUACGGCCAGACGGUCUGCUUCCCCCAGAUGUACCCCCUCACACCAGUCAGUCCUGGAGUGCAGAAAAGCAUAAUAUGGAAGUCUCCAGCUAUGUACCAGGUUCCAAUAUCUCAUAUGACGGUCAGCCAGUCUAAACCCUACAGACCAGGUAAAGUACCCAACAUGCCCCAGCAGAGGUCAGACCAGCACCACCCACCCGGCACGCCCACCAUGAUGCACCCAGCGACAGCAGCGGGACCACCCAUUGUAGCACCGAGCCCCGCCUACUCUGCCCAGUACUUCACCUGCAGCCCGCAGCAGUUCACCAGUCAGCCUCUGGUCCAGCAGAUGCCACACUACCAGUCCCAGGCGCAGCAUGUGUUCAGUCCAGUAAUGCAGGGCAGCGCCAGGAUGAUGGCUCCGCCCACACAUGGCCAACCCAGCCUGGUUUCUUCCGCAACUACACAGUACCCAGAGCAGACACACACCAUGUAUGUGUCUGCAGGUCCGAUGCCCCAGCAGUACCCUCACCCAAGCGCUACCUUGCACCCCCACCCACAGCACCCCCAGCCUUCUGCCACGCCCACAGGCCAAGCCCAACAAGGUGGUCCGCCUCAGCAUGGGGGACCGCCCAGCCACCCUGCUGCCAGCCCAGUCCAGCACCCACAGGCAGCAGCAGCAGCCGCAGCAGCCCAAGCCCUCCACCUGGCCAACCAGCCCCCACAGCAGCAGAUGUACUCCGCCUUGGCCCCCACACCCCCCUCGAUGACCCCAGGGCCCAACCCUCAGUCCCCCCAGGCCUCGUUCCCCUCUGCUCAGCAGACUGUCUACAUCCACCCUCAGCAGGUGCAGCACGGCUACAAUCCUAACCACAUGGCACACGUGCAGCAGGCCCAUAUGCAGUCUGGUAUCGUGCCAUCCCACCAUCCGGCGCCUACCCACCCUCCGAUGAUGCUUAUGGCUACCCAGGGCCCCCCAGGGGGUCCGCAGCCUCCCAUGCCCCAGACUGCCCUCAACCCCAUCCCUGUUUCCUCCACCACACAUUUCUCCUACCUGGCACAUCCACAAGUGCAACACCAUCAGCAGCAGCUGUAGAUAGAGGGCGCCAGCGAGCUGAGGGACCCGCUCUGCGUCACACUCUUCAACCAGAGCCUUCAUAAAGCAGGCGAUGAAGAGAAUGAGAGCCCUCUCUCUCCUCAUCCUCACAAAACAUGCUUCACAUCAGCUUUUCUCUCCCCCCCUCCCCCUCCCUCCCCCUCCCAGACUAGGCAAUAAGAGAAUGUUAACAGGUUGAUGCAGUGAAAUGUUUUAACAAACUAGAACGUUUUAACGGACAAGACUGCUCCUAUUUUGCCCCGUUCACACAAACACACACACACACACACACACACAUAUCUACAAACACACAACACACAUCUCAUACACAGUUUCAGGGGUUCCCCAAUUGCAACUUGAGUCAGCUUGCCAAGUAAAGAUGUGAACGAGAGAAUGAGAAAAUUAAUCAGUGAGAGUGAAGAAGAUAAUUCAACUGGAACUUGUGUUUUGUCUGCACCUUGUUAUGAAAAAAAAAAUCUUCCAACUUCUAGACAGUAUUAAUCUUACUGUUUAUUGCUGCUGCUAUGUGCUGCGUUUGUUUCCAGACUACAUGACAGGUUUCUAACCAAACUAAAAACGAAACGUGACGAGAAGCUUCCUGUGAAAUAAACAACAUGUUGGCAGCCAAGAGGACAGGAGAAACGUUAUUUAUGAAAUUCUAAUGGCUGAGGUGAUCAGAUCCCACUUCUCACCUGACCCUUAUGUAACUUUUAAGUUAAAACUUUUACUUUGUAGAUAAUAUAAAUAAUUUAAAAAAUGAGCAAAAAAAUUUAAAAACAAUAAAAAAGUUUUAAAAACUGAA